GCACCAGCCACCGGCUCCGAGGCUCGAGUCUCUGAGUCCUGCGACCCGAGCAACGCUGCGCAGGGAUUCCAUCUUCGUCUCUACCAAAGUUCACAUUCAAGAACCUGUUGAUGGGGUGGUGAAAAGGCUGAAAUUGAUCACAAUGCCAACAACAUUCACACUUCAAGAUAAUGAAAGGAUUUUUAUGAGCAACACAUCAGUCAGCUGUCUUUCCUGCUUGUACCACUUGGAGGGAACAAAGUAACCUGUGGGGACUCCAGGCUGCUCUCCGCAGAAUUAACAGAAUCCAAGCCCCUGGGAGCCAAGGAGAAGCUAGAGACUAGGAAGCAAUACCUCCACUCCCGAUUCUGCCUUGUCACCUUGGGCCUGGGAGGCUCACAGACCCAGGCCAGGGGCAGCAGGACUUGGGGAUGCCGAACUUCUGGGAAACUUGGGCUGGCUCCUGGGGGAACUCACCACAAGCGCUGGCCUGGGAGUGUCUGCGUUUCCCUUCACACUGGCUCUGCCAUGCUCAUUCACCAUCCCCUUCAAGGACCAUCAGGACUGUGUUUCCAAGUCUGUGUCUCCAAGUCCUGCACAGGCUCUGGCAUUGUGACAACAUGCCGCUCUGAGAACUGUGCAGCCAGAGCUGUUUCCACAGUAUCGUACCAGUUGAGAAACUGGACCCAGCUCCACCACCAGCAAACUCUCAGUGCCUAGGGGAGAACGCCACCUUCCCUUGAUGGACAAGUCUCGGGAGGACUCAGGGAACCACCUGGGAUUCUCAGGCAUAGCAUGCACUGCAGGGCACAUGUGCUCAGGCAGGGGGAGCCACGGGCAGCAAAGCAUUGUCACUGUCAUCGAGGGUUCCGGGCAGGGCCACCUCUGCCUUCUACAACUUGGACAGUUGGCUCUGACUCAUGGGAGCCACACUCAUGUUAGGGGAAGGGGUCAAGACACCCCCUACACACAGCUGUCUUCACAUCUACCCAGAAAGGAAGUCCUUAUCGUUCUGCUUUUGAAAGGACCCGUGACCUCAUCAGAUGAGGUUACCGCUCUCCCUCUGUCCACGGGAAGGGACAUACUCUUGUCAGGAUGGGAGCUGUGGCGGGGCAGAGGCAGGACGCGCCCCUCAAGGCUGUGCUGGUCGCAGUGUGGCUCAUCUUGGUUCUCUUCCCCGGGGCCAUGUCCAAAGUAGCUGCUGAGUGCCCUGACCAGAACCCUGAGCUUCAGCUCUGGAACCCUGGCCACGAUCCCGAGCACCGUGUACACAUCAACCAGGGCAGGAUGCUGCUGCUUGCCUCCUCUGCUACAGUCCACUCCAUCAACAUCUCAGCGGGGGGAAAGCUUAUCAUCAAGGACCACCAGGAGCCCAUUGUUCUGCGCACCCGCCACAUCCUGAUUGACGCUGGAGGAGAACUGCAUGCUGGGAGCACCCUCUGCCCAUUCCAGGGCAAUUUCAGCAUCAUUCUGUAUGGAAGGGCUGACGAAGACAUUGAGCCAGACCCUUACUAUGGGCUGAAGUACAUCGGUGUGGGCAGGGGCGGCACCCUGGAACUGCACGGGCAGAAGAAGCUAUCCUGGACAUUUCUGAGCAAGACUCUUCGCCCAGGGGGCAUGGAGGAGGGAGGCUAUUUUUUUGAAAGGAGCUGGGGCCACCGCGGAGUCAUUGUCCAUGUCAUCGACCCCAAAUCUGGUGCCGUCAUCCACUCUGAUCGAUUUGACACCUACAGAUCCAAGAAAGAGAGUGAGCGCCUGGUCCAGUAUUUGAAUGCGGUUCCUGAUGGUAGAAUCCUCUCUGUGGCGGUGAAUGAUGAAGGCUCCCGAAACCUGGAUGACCUGGCCCGGAAAGCUAUGACCAAGCUAGGCAGCAAACACUUCCUGCACCUUGGAUUUAGACAUCCUUGGAGUUUUCUCACUGUGAAGGGAAAUCCCUCUUCUUCGGUGGAAGACCACAUUGAAUAUCACGGCCACCGUGGUUCUGCGGCUGCCCGUGUAUUCAAGCUCUUCCAGACGGAGCACGGAGAGUACUUCAAUGUCUCCUCAUCCAGUGAGUGGGUCCAAGAUGUGGAGUGGACGGAGUGGUUUGACCAUGAUAAAGUGUCUCAGACUAAAGGCGGGGAGAAAAUUUCAGACCUCCGGGUAGCUUACCCAGGAAAAAUCUGCAACCGCCCCCUUGACAUACAGGCCGCUAGGUUGGAUGGAGUCAAGCUCAGCACUGAGGUUGUCUACAAAAAGGGCCAGGACUACAAGUUCGCCUGCUAUGACCGCGGCCGUGCCUGCCAGAGCUACCGCGUGCGCUUCCUCUGCGGGAAGCCUGUGAGGCCCAAGCUCACGGUGACCAUCGACACCAACGUGAAUAGCACCGUCCUGACUCUGGAGGAUGAUGUGCGGUCUUGGAGGCCUGGAGACACCCUGGUGGUUGCCAGCACCGACUACUCUAUGUACCAAGCAGAAGAGUUCCAGGUGCUGCCCUGCAGAGCCUGUGCCCCCAACCAGAUCAAGGUGGCAGGGAAGCCACUGUACCUGCACAUCGGCGAGGAGAUAGACGGCGUGGACAUGCGGGCUGAGGUCGGGCUCCUGAGCCGGAACAUCGUGGUGAUGGGGGAGAUGGAGGACAAAUGCUACCCCUACAGCAACCACCUCUGCAGCUUCUUUGACUUUGAUACCUUUGGGGGCCACAUCAAGUUUGCACUGGGGUUUAAGGCCGCACACCUGUCGGGCGUGGAGCUGAAGCACAUGGGGCAGCAGCUGGUGGGUCAGUACCCGAUCCACUUCCACCUGGCAGGAGAUGUGGACGAGCGGGGUGGCUAUGACCCGCCCACUUACAUCAGGGACCUCUCCAUCCACCACACGUUCUCUCGCUGUGUCACCGUCCACGGCUCCAAUGGCCUGUUGGUCCAGAACAUCGUGGGCUAUAACUCUCUGGGCCACUGCUUCUUCACGGAGGAUGGCCCAGAGGAACGCAACACAUUUGACCACUGCCUCGGCCUCCUCGUCAAGCCUGGAACCCUCUUGCCCUCCGACCGAGACAGCAAGAUGUGCAAGAUGAUCACAGAGGACUCCUACCCUGGCUACGUGCCCAAGCCCAGGCAGGACUGCAAUGCGGUGUCCACCUUCUGGAUGGCCAAUCCCAACAACAACCUGGUCAACUGCUCUGCAGCAGGGUCAGAGGAAACAGGGUUCUGGUUCAUUUUCCACCAUGUGCCGACGGGCCCCUCAGUGGGGAUGUACUCGCCGGGGUACUCCGAGCACAUCCCACUCGGCAGAUUCCUCAAUAACCGCGCUCACUCCAACUACCGGGCUGGCAUGAUCAUAGACAAUGGGGUCAAAACCACCGAGGCCUCUGCCAAGGACAAGCGGCCGUUUCUGUCCAUCAUCUCAGCCAGGUACAGCCCACACCAGGACGCCGACCCGCUCAAGCCCCGGGAGCCUGCCAUCAUCAAGCACUUCACAGCCUACAAGAACCAGGACCACGGGGCCUGGCUGCGUGGUGGGGACGUGUGGCUGGACAGCUGCCAGUUUGCUGACAACGGUAUUGGCCUGACCUUGGCCAGCGGUGGGACCUUCCCAUACGAUGAAGGCUCCAAGCAAGAGAUCAAGAACAGUUUGUUUGUGGGAGAGAGCGGCAACGUGGGCACAGAAAUGAUGGACAACAGGAUCUGGGGCCCAGGAGGCCUGGACCACAGUGGAAGGACCCUCCCCAUAGGCCAGAAUUUUCCGAUCAGAGGAAUCCAAUUCUAUGAUGGCCCCAUCAACAUACAGAACUGCACCUUCCGGAAGUUCGUGGCCCUGGAGGGUCGGCACACCAGCGCCCUAGCCUUCCGCCUGAACAACGCAUGGCAGAGCUGCCCACACAACAAUGUGACUGGCAUUGCCUUUGAGGACGUCCCGAUCACUUCCAGAGUGUUCUUCGGAGAGCCUGGGCCCUGGUUCAACCAGCUAGACAUGGAUGGGGACAAGACGUCUGUCUUCCACGACGUGGAUGGCUCUGUGUCUGAAUACCCCGGUUCCUACCUCACCAAGGAAGACAACUGGCUGGUGCGCCACCCAGACUGCAUUGAUGUCCCUGACUGGAGAGGGGCCAUCUGCAGUGGGCGCUAUGCACAGAUGUACAUUCAGGCCUACAAGACCAGUAACUUGCGGAUGAAGAUCAUUAAGAACGACUUCCCCAGUCACCCUCUCCACCUGGAGGGCGCCCUCACCAGGAGCACCCAUUACCAGCAGUACCAGCCUGUCAUCACCCUGUACAAGGGCUACACCAUCCACUGGGACCAGGUGGCUCCCGCUGAACUGGCCAUCUGGCUCAUCAACUUCAACAAGGGUGACUGGAUCCGAGUGGGGCUCUGCUACCCACGAGGCACCACCUUCUCCAUCCUCUCGGAUGUCCACAAUCGUCUGCUGAAGCAGACAUCCAAGACGGGCACCUUUGUGAGGACUCUGCAGAUGGAGAAGUUAGAACAGAGCUAUCCCGGCAGGAACCACUACUACUGGGAUGAGGACUCAGGGCUCUUGUUCCUGAAGCUCAAAGCCCAGAAUGAGAGGGAGAAGUUUGCCUUCUGCUCUGUGAAAGGCUGCGAGAGGAUAAAGAUUAAAGCUCUGAUCCCGAGGCACGCGAGCGUCAGCGACUGCACAGCCGCCGCCUACCCCAGGUUCACAGAGCGGGCUGUGGUGGACGUGCCCAUGCCCCCCAAGCUCCGCGGGCCCCAGCUGAAGUCCAAGGACCACUUCCUGGAGGUGAAGGUGGAAAGUUCCCGGCAGCACUUCUUCCACCUGCGAAGUGACUUCUCCUACAUCCAGGUGGAUGGGAGGAGGUACCCUAGCUCGGAAGAUGGCGUCCAGGUGGUGGUGAUCGAUGGGCGCCAGGGGCAUGUGGUGAGCCAGGGUACCUUCAGGAGCUCCCUCCUGCAGGGCAUCCCCUGGCAGAUCUUCAGCUACGUGGCAGCCAUCCCUGACAACUCUAUAGUUGUCAUGGCGUCAAAGGGAAGAUACGUCACCAGAGGCCCAUGGACCCGAGUCCUGGAGAAGCUGGGGGCAGAACGGGGUCUCAGGCUAAAAGAGAAACUGGCAUUCAUUGGCUACAAAGGCAGCUUCCAGCCCACCUGGGUGACCCUGCAGACGGAGGAGCACAAGGCCAAAAUCUUCCAGGUUGUGCCCAUUCCCGUGGUAAGGAAAAGACAGCUGUGAGGAUGGCUGCCACCUUGGAGCCACUGUGGCGGACUCUGGCACAGACCCUUGGCUCCCAGCCCUGUUCACAGCUCUCCAGGAAGGUGGCUUAUUGGUCCUGCUGGCCAAGGAAACGACGACAUCAGAGACCUGUGGUGCUGCCACCCGCCCCAACUCACUCAUCUACCUGCAGCAGGGGUGGUGCUGGCCUCUCGGGUGCUUUUCUCCUAUCCGUGCCUCUUCUGCAGGAGUGUGAGGUAGCCUGGGUUGUGCUGGCUGCAAAGGCCCACUCAGGCUGGAGUCCUGGCCCAGGAAGAACUGGCAAGAAGGACUGGGUCACAUGCAAAUCCCAUGGUCACCAGCGGAUGGUCGGGGCAGGGGUAGGAAUGAGAGUCCUGGCCCUCUGGAGAUCUUCACUCCCAUGAGCAAGGACAAGCCUUGCUGUGUAGACAGGCUGUGCUGUGCAGCUGGCCACCUGGGGAGUGGCUGCCUCUUGGGAGAAUUCAGGGGCACACUGGGACCAAUGCCCUUCCGUGCUGCAAUGCUGAUGCCUGCGCUGGAUCCCAGCAGCAGCUGAAGACAAUCUUCCCAGUGGACUUGUAGGACGAGAGGGCUGGGGUUCAUGGUGGAGAGGUGAGGGAUGUGUCAGCUGAGCAGCCGAGGGGUGGAAUGCCAGGUAGAGAGGCUGGAGAGGUGAGAGGAAGCCAGUGUCCAUCAGAUUGGGGCAGGUGCAAGGGCCUGAGAGAAGGUACUGGGUAAUGGGAGCAAAGGGCUGUUUGUUGGUGGAGAGGGGCUGUGGCCCCUCAGGUGGCUCAGCAGAGAGCAUCUUCCUGCCACCACCUGCAGCAGUUGGGUGACUGCAGGGUUGCCCUUGCUCUCUGCUAGCUAACCCACACAGGACAGAGAAGGUCAGAGGGAGGGUUAGCCUGCGGAACUAGCCCUCAGAAAGUGCAGAACAGGCCAUGGGCCAAACCCCUUGCUCUGGGGGACAAGGGAUUGGAUCACCCUCAGCCUUCAAUCAGCUGCAGGGAAGAUGGGGCCCUGGGGAGAAGAAGCACGAGGCCAGGGCAGCCCAGGCCCACUUCCAGCAGUUGCUGCCACACCACGCUGCCUCAACAGCUGGCACAGGGAAGCAGGCCCCUGAAGUAGCUUCCCAGAAGGGCUCUGGUCCCCUUCCAUGGGAAGAGAAGCAGCACAAGGAGGGACCUUCAGCUGGUGGCCGUCUCCUGCCUGCCCUCCUCUGGGUGUUGAGCUCCUGCACUGCCGUCACUCGGCUCACACUGCUCACCAGCGCUUGCCUGGAGCCCUGUGGUGGUGGUCGCUGCCUUGGUGCUACGGUGUCUGCAGCCCCACAGCAAGGCCCAGCAGACCGCGUGCCCCAGCUCCUGGUGAGCCAAGAGCUACCAUUCUCAUCUACAGCUCAGGGCCCCGCUGGGGCUCACGCCAUCCCUAGACCAGGGUGCAUGGCCUGUGGCCUCUCAGGGGCUCCUGAGUGCACAUGUCCUCUCCCUUCCCCAGCCACGAACUCCUUCCUUGAGAGAGGGCUCGCUGGGCCCCCUGCACCCCGAGACUCUGUCCCAAAGCCCACUCUCCAGGCUGAGCCAACUGCCAGAGAGGACUUGCCCAUCCUGCAGGCCUUUCAGCCACUGGAAGGUGACAGCAGGACCCUGCCUUUUAAGCACAGCUGCUUUGAAAGCCCAAAGCGUGAGGAGGACUCUUCUGGGGAGCUCAGUAGGCAGAGCCAUGGUGACCUCGUUCCCAUCUUGUUUUGUGCCACUGACUCCUCUAGUGCUUCCCACAAGGGUCUAACACUGUGAACCACUUAGGACAUGAUCACUUUUGGGGUGACCAGAAAUGUUGAAUGUCUUUGGGUCAGUUCAUUAUGACACAUAUCUAUUGGAAACUUCUCAGAGUUGUACAUAUAUUUGAGAUGACAGGAUCUGUACAUAAAAUUUUCUUUCCUACAGUGCUCACCAAGAGGAAUGACUAGGCACUUUGCUGGUGGCACCGCUUUCCUUACUGCUUAGAAAACUGUUCUUGCUGUUCUUUCUGUUUGUGACAGUGAGUCAGCCCUCUGAGGACAAUCACAAUCCUCUGAAAUGCUUGUCAGUUUCUUGUUGCCGAAUUAGCUGGUCCUUUUUCGGAUGGAUGUAUAGCAUCUUUUGUAUAUAAAUAUUUCUUGUAGGUGUCGCCAUGAACAAAGAUAUAUUUUCUAUUUAUUUAUUGUAUAUGCACUUCAAGGAGUCACUGUCAGAGAAAUGAAGUGUUGUCUUAAAUGUCAUGUUUGAGGGAAUCCUUUGAACUGCUCGAGAGGGGUGUGCCUGGAAGCCAGGUACAUCAGCUUCGGUUUGGAAAAUCAAGUUGUACCUUAGUAAACUUACA